UGCUCCCCGCCCCCUACUUUCUUAGGUGGCGCCGGCUUGCGGCCGGUGUGGCGGCGUUGUUGGUUUUAGAAGCCCGAGCAAGCACAUUCCCUGGACAGGCUGCAGGGCUAUGGUCGCCGGCUCCCAAAGGCCCGCUUCGCAUCUCAGCCCGAUCCUGAGCGCAAGCCUGAGCAUUGUCUUCAGCCAAGUCCCCCGGCGCGUUCGGCUGCUUCCCGGGCGCGCCCCCUCCGAUGGCGGCGGAGAUCCAGCCCCAACCACUGACCCGCAAGCCGAUCCUGCUGCAGCGGGUCGAGGGGUCCCAGGAGGUGGUUAACAUGGCGGUGAUUGUGCCUAAGGAAGAGGGUGUCAUCAGCGUCUCGGAGGACAGGACAGUUCGUGUUUGGUUAAAGAGGGACAGCGGACAGUACUGGCCAAGCAUUUACCAUGCAAUGCCUUCUCCAUGUUCAUGCAUGUCUUUUAACCCGGAAACAAGAAGACUGUCCAUAGGUCUAGACAAUGGUACAAUCUCAGAGUUUAUUUUGUCUGAAGAUUAUAACAAGAUGACACCUGUGAAAAGCUACCAAGCGCAUCAGAGCAGAGUGACAAUGGUCCUGUUUGUUCUGGAACUGGAGUGGGUGCUGAGCACAGGCCAGGACAAGCAGUUCGCCUGGCACUGCUCUGAGAGUGGGCAGCGCCUGGGAGGUUACCGCACCAGUGCCGUGGCCUCGGGCCUGCAAUUUGAUGUUGAGACCCGUCAUGUGUUUAUUGGUGAUCACUCGGGACAAGUAACCAUCCUCAAACUGGAACAAGAAAACUGCACACUGCUCACGUCCUUCAGAGGGCACACAGGAGGGGUGACAGCACUCUGCUGGGACCCGGUCCAGCGUGUGCUAUUCUCAGGCAGUUCCGAUCACUCCGUCAUCAUGUGGGACAUCGGUGGGAGAAAAGGCACAGCCAUCGAGCUCCAAGGACACAAUGACAAAGUCCAGGCCCUCUCCUAUGCACAGCACACACGGCAGCUCAUCUCGUGUGGUGGUGACGGUGGCAUCGUCGUCUGGAACAUGGAUGUGGAAAGGCAGGAGACCCCUGAGUGGUUGGACAGCGAUUCCUGCCAAAAGUGUGACCAGCCUUUCUUCUGGAACUUCAAGCAAAUGUGGGACAGUAAGAAAAUUGGACUAAGACAGCACCACUGCCGGAAGUGUGGGAAGGCCGUGUGCGGCAAGUGUAGCUCCAAGCGCUCUUGCAUCCCACUCAUGGGCUUUGAGUUUGAAGUGCGGGUCUGCGACAGCUGCCACGAAGCCAUCACAGAGGAAGAACGUGCACCCACAGCCACCUUCCAUGACAGUAAGCAUAACAUUGUGCAUGUGCAUUUCGAUGCAACCAGGGGAUGGCUACUGACUUCUGGAACUGACAAAGUGAUUAAGUUGUGGGACAUGACCCCAGUGGUGUCAUGACAACUCUCCCAGGGACUAGGAGAUAGUUUUCACUGAAGAAGCACUUGAGUCCAGCAUCAUUACAGGAGGAGUAAAGCAUCCUUUAAGCAGAAGAGAGAUGAAGGCUCACAGCGAAUUUAUCUGUUCCCUCCACUGUUACCGUGAACUAACUAGUGAAAGUGCAUUCCCUCCCAGGACUCUUUAGUUGUCCAUACCACAGAAAAGAUAUUUUUUUACCAAAUGGUUUAUACAGCCUGGCUGUGCUGCAUUAUUUUGAGUAUACUGGAAAAUCUGUGUGGAUGUUUAAGCUUCUGUAUUCCAGCUGUGUGUUGUGCUCAGUGCUUUCUGUGUCAGAAAAAAAGAGAGAGCCACCUGUUGAAGGUAUUACGUCCUUGUAAAGCAGUCUCCUUGUUUCACCUCAGCGUGUACAGACAGUCCUUCUCUUCUUUUGAGUCUUCCUCCACCGGCCUCACAUGCCUCUCACCACAGUGGAUGAUCACAGUUUUUUCCAGUGUUUCUCUUUCAUGGACUGGGAUAAGAGUUGGAAAACCACGUGUGUCCAACCACUGGCCUCUGGAGUCACCUGGAGGGAGCAGGUGCGCUGUCGGAAGUCCCUGCAGCUCCGCUCUGGCAUUCUCUGCCAUCUGCAUUAGAAAAUGCUGUAGAAGCCUCUGCCAACCAUGAGCCGGGAACAGGUCCUGGGACCAGCCUCACCCUGCAGUGCCUGCAUCUCUCAGAAUUCAAUGAGAGCCUUUUGAGCCUUUUGCGGUUUUGGACUAUGGAGAUUUGGGUUUUUUUAUUUUAUUUAUUUUUAUUUUUAUUAAUUUUUUUUGGUAACUUUACUUCCUUCAUAACAUGAAAGACAAACAGAAAUGUCUGCUCCAGAAGGGUCUUGGAGGUGUAUCUUUCUACAUGGCAUUGUCUCUGUAUGUGAAUAUGUAUUACUUUAAAAUUAGAAGCCUGCUCUCUUCAUCAUAAUUUAGUUUCUCUUAAAAAAAACAGGUAUUUAAGCAUCUUAAUGUUAAUGUACUCUGCUAUGAAACCAGUGUGUGAUCUAAACAGAGGUACAAAGAAAGAGACAGAACCCUCCAAAGGCAAUCAGUCCAGCAUGAAAAGGUACAGUAAGGACUCACUUUGGGCUGUCAAGAUAGGAUUAAAAGUAGUGGCAAGCCUGUGCUGGGAACUGGCCGGUCUCUCCAAGCCCUUCACCCAUAGUCACCUGUCAGGAAUGUCACGACAUUGCCAGGUCAGAGGCCUUCUGGGUAGACAGGCAGAUUGCUCGCCCUGCCCUCUCCAUGUCAUCCGCUGCAGUGUCUCGCUCACUUCUGAUCUAACAGGUAUUGCCUGGCACAGAGUACUUGAAUGAAGCAGUCCUCCUGUUCCUUUUGUUCUGUUCCUAGAGAAGCAGUUCCUUCCGUGUCAUCGUAGCUUCUCUGUGCACAGGAAGUAAUAGUCACCGUACUUGGAUACCAAUCACACUUAGCACUGGAGACCCAGAGUGCUUCCUAGGACAAGCCGCUUCUGCUACCCGGCACUGGGAAGCAGGGCUGAUGUGCACCUCACAAGGCCACAGCCCUGACGCCAGCUGCGAUGUGAGAGCAGAACUCUGCCCAGGAAGUCAUCACCACUGUGACUUAACGGCCUGGCCUGUAAAAUGCCACCUAGCUUCAGUCAGGCCACUCUAACUGCUGUGAGUCUUUUCUGCAUGGUCGCUCCAUCACAGCUUUGAAAAGGGAAUUAGAGCUAAAAUAGUCAAAGAUCAAUGGUGUGGUUGAUUGCUAGAAUCUAUAGCCACUUGGCAAGUUGCAGAGUACUUUUGUGUUGCAAAUCAGUAAUAGAAGUAAGUCUGUCUGAACUAAAGCAUGACAGCCCAAGGGAAGGAAAUACAGUAUUAGGGAAGCGGUGGCUCAGGCUCCGAGCAAGCCUGUGUGGAUUCCCAGUCCUGUUUAGAUGAAUUCAGACCUUCAGUAGAACACUUUACAUUGUUGUGUGGCCCUGCACACACCAUUCUGGUCAGAUCCCAGCUACGGCCCAUCCUCAGGAGUGCCCUUGAUUGAAAGUUGACAGUGAUGAAAAUCACGGGUGUAUACCACAGAUCGACCAAGGUUUCCGUGGCUCUGCCCUUUCCUCUCUCCUUGCCCAUGUGGCUAUUGAUGGAAAAGAAUGUAUAGAAAACCAGAUAUGCAUGUGAUACUGUGAAUUCUUCUACUUGCCUGAUGUCUCCAUUAACCCAUAGGGAAACGCAUGCUGGUGCUGACAGGCUGUCCAGGCAUGGCCCUUGUCCAUCAGGCAUGAGGGCUGACACAGUGCUUGGCUCGUUUCUCCUCUGCAUAAAAAAAAAAAAUGACAAAUCUGUCAUCCUCUUGGGUUUACACUUGACCUUUCUUGCUGUACUGUGGAAACGGCAGCUCUAGUACUGGUAGUGAGGACAGCCAUAUUGGGAAGUAGAGAGGCUGCACAUGCAGUUUUUCCAAAGGAAAGUAUUUAGUGAGCCACCUGGAUGUCUUCACCUUAGCAAAAAUGAAUGGUUUUAGAAUAAAUACUUGGAAUUUUGUAUCAUUUUAUAAAAGGUCAGUCAACAUAAUGUGUUUCUUGUUUAGUUGUUUGAAUUAUUCAUGAAAUUACAAAAAUUAUAAAGUUGGGAGGGAUGUCCCAGGUUGGUGACACCAGGCAGUUAGACGGAGAUGAAGUGUAACCAAGAGAAUCUCAAAGAACAUCAAGAAUACUGGCAUUUGAUGUUGCAGUGAGGGCGGAAGGGCAGGAAGGCUCUGGAUGCAGGCUUGAUGCUGCUCUGAGCAGAUUUGAUGUAACUUUUGGUGCCUGCCUGUGUUUGUGAGUGGGCACAUGUUACGUCAGAAGGCGGGUGCUACAAUUGAUCUGUAUGUCGACGCCCCUUCCCACAUUAGUCCCCACUGAUCACCCCAGAGUCCCCUGCCCUGCUGGCUGAGGGCUGCUCCUCUCCAUCUGGGCUUACGGCACCCGUCAUCGUGAUGAGAGGUGUUGUCUUCUCAGCAUCUCAGAGUUAUAUUUUAAAAGCAUACUAUAUUUUGUUUAACAUCCUUAAAAAGCUUGAAUUUGAGCUUUAAAGCAAAAGAAUAGCUCUACACCACAUGUCACAGUGACCGGAAUAUGCAUUAAUGAAGAGCCUUUGGCUUGGCCUUCUCAUAGUCUUUAAAUACAUAUAUAUUUGUAUAUAAGUGAGCUUGUUCGCUAAGAUUUAUAUUUUAAAGCAAAUGAAAAACAUUUUUCCAAAGUGCUCUUAUUUUUCUUUCCCUUAAAAUAAGGUUGGGUUGAGGUGGCUCCUUACCACCAUGAUGAUUUUUUAUUUUGUCAGGCCCUAAGGUCCUGCCGAGGAAGCCUGUGUACUCCUGUAAUCUGUGGUUCAGCUUGACAUCCAAGAACUUCACACCAGUCCUUAGGGGUUAGGUCUGUGUUUUCGCCUUUUAACAUUGUGUUCCCACCAAAACCCUCAAGGCUUGUGGGCAGCAGUGUCUGUGGCCUGCACAGGCCUCCCUUGUACUUCCCAGGCCUGUAGACAAAGAUUUUGAAAAGGUGUCAGAUCUCUCAGUGAGGCGUGGAUUUGACCACAGUUCCUACAGUCCCCUCUAGACCUGUGAUUCCAGUUCUAUGACUGGUGUUUCUUACAGGACCACUAGUCACAGAGCUGACCUCACUUAGGCAGAUGAGAACCCAGUGUACUGCCCGAUCAGAUGAGUUACUCUCUGGUCUUUUCCAUUUAGGGCUUUGUCUUAGUUAAGGUUUUACUGCUGUGGAGACACAGUGACCAAGACAAUUCUUUUAAGGACAUUUAAUUGGAGCUGACUUACAGGUUCAGAGGUUCAGUCUAUUAUCAUCAAGGUGGGAACAUGGCAGCAUACAGGCAGGCAUGGUGGAGAAGGAGCUGAGAGUUCUACAUCUUCAUCUGAAGGCUGCUAGCAGAAUACUAGCUUCCAGGCAACUAGGAUGAGGGUCUUAUAGCCCACACCCACAGUGGCACACCUACUCUAACAGGGCCACACCUUCUAAUAGUGCCACUCCCUGAGCAGAGCAUAUACAAACCAUCACAGGCAGUAUGGUUUUAGAAAAAGAUGGUGAGGGAUUGGGGAUUUAGCUCAGUGGUAGAAUGCUUGCCUAGCAAGCACAAGGCCCUGGGUUCGGUCCUCAGCUCUGUGGGAAAAAAAAAAAACAAAGAAGAUGAAGAGAAAAGGGUGGUGAAAUAGUACCAUCUAAUUUAAAAGAUUCCUCAAAGUAUUCACCUUUGGGGUCUGAGACUAUCUGACUAGGGAGACAAUGUUUAGGAAAUUUUAGAUUGGCUCAAAGGGUAGAUUUCACAUCUCACUUAAAUAUUUAGAGUUUUUUUCCCCCUCUUGGUUCUUUGGGAUGCAUGAAAGGAUGAUUUUUAUUUUUGAGGGAAAGCAGUUUGAAUGCUUUGCUCUGUGUAGUUCUUAUCAUUUAGAUGGAUAGAUACGCAGCCUUCGUUCAUAGCAUAUGUCAAUGCGAAGUAUGGACCAAAACCACUUACAUGCAAUCCCCAUUAUUCUCUGUGUGUGUGUGUGUGUGUGUGUGUGUGUGCGCGCGCUCGCGCGCGCGUGCAUGCUCUGUCUCAUGCUAUUUGUUUUGCAUUUUAAAUGGCUUUUUCAAGGUAUUGUCAUUUGGAGAGGAGAAAAAUCUUACAUAACAAGUGUGAAAACUGUUACUAACUGAACAGCAGGGUAGGUGUUAGCCCUACAGUGGUGCCUACCCAUUGCUACAACGAAACCAGGUACUUUGCACAGCUGCCGCCUGGGGCUCACAUCUGGAUGGGGCUGCCACAGGCUUGUUACUUGAUAGGUAUCCUUUUCCCAAAAAAAUCAGGAAUUAGGGGCCUAGGCAAGGACUCAGCUAAGUAUAUUGAAGCCUAAAGCUAGAAGCUGGAAUGGGUCUCCACGGUGACCCAUGUGGUUCUAGCCACACCCUUCUGCAGCUCCUGUGCUCCAUGGCACCGGACUCCACCAACCAGGCCCACCUCUGACCCUGACUUCUAAAUGUGAUGAGGCGGUCCUGAGUGAGGAUGUUCUGUGACAUUAAGAUGAAUGACUGUAUCCUGUGCAACCGCUGCGUAGCACUGUGAAUGUUUCUCCUGCUUUCCCACUGCACCGCCCUCCAGCCUCUUGUGUAUGUGCAGCCAUUUCCGGUGGACUGCUCUCAGAGCAGUGGCCUCUGUGGCUUAGAAUAAAUGUCCGAACACUUGCCUACCA